AUGCUCACGGAAGGCCAAGAAGGAACAAGGCCCACUGGGAACAAUGGCGACACCCCUGGUCUCCAGCCCCUCCUUCCCUUGGGGCAGGACAAGAUCUUGAUCCUGAAGGUGGAAGAGGACUUCUGCUGGGAAGAGGAGCCCUCUCUGGUGGAGACCUUCCACCAGCUUUUUCGGCUCUUCUGCUACCAGGAGGUGGCCAGAUCUCUGGAGGCCCUGAGCCACCUCCGGGACUGCCCCUGGCCUUGGCCUGAGCUGGGCACCAAGGAGCAGAUCCUGGAGCUGCUGGUGCUGGAGCAGUGGCUGACGGUGCUGCCGCGGGAUAUCCAGGCCCGGGUGCGGGAGCGGCCGCCAGAGAGCAGUAGGUUCUGGAGCCACGGCCAGCCUUGGUCGUCAGGAGGACCUGGGGCUGCCUGGACACUGUGAACUGAAGAAGGCAACUGCUUCUCAGUGUUUGUCAACCUUGGCCAGUGGGUGUGCACCCGCUGAUUAACCACAUAUAGCCCCGCUAAGCAGCCCUUUCUAAGCUGCAUGGAUUGGUUUGUUAACACCAUCCCAGUAUAGGCCAGACACAGGUUUUGAUGGAAGGAAGCCUGGAGACCUUCCAUGGCAGGGCCUUGGGAGUUGAAGAGAUCCCAAAACAGGGAGGAAAGACCAAGGGCUGGUGGGUGCCCUGGUUAGAGCCCCCAGAUGUUUCCAAUCUUUCUAGAGCCACGCCAUCCAGUAUAGUAGCUGCCAGCCAUGUGUGGCUUUUAAAAUUUAAAACGUAAUUCCUAAGUCACACAUGACUAGUGGCUGCUGUGCUGGACAACGCAGAUAUAGGACACUUCCAUCAUCACAGAAAGUUCUAGAAACACCGCCACUAGAGCCUGCUGCAACUCCUAACCAAAUUUGGGGAGUGGAAGUCUCUUACAAACCCGUUGUGUUUAGAUUGGAUCAGUUCCUCCAGGUUAGAUAUUCGGCAAAUGCUGACAGGUCACCUUUCUCCCUGUGGCGGUGCCACUGGCCACACGCUGCUAUUCUUCUGCAUCCAACAGGACAGACAUAUCCCCCAAACUUGACCACACUGUUGAGUGCAGUAAGCAGAUCCUGCUAUUGUUGAAGGUUGGGCCUGAGACCGGGGUCCUCGGUGCUGCUUUCGCAUUCCCUGGGCCGUCUCUUGUCCCGAGUUCUGUUGCAAAGCUCAGUAAACUCUGAGACCCAA